UCUCUCUCUCUCUCUCUCUCUCUCAUAGCUUCUGUUUUACAGCAACUACGCACACAGACAAGAAAGAUACAUAGAUAGGUAGAGAGAGAAAGAGCAUGCAAACUCUGAACCAUGGCUUAUUUUUUCUCACUUUUGACCCUCAAUUUUUGCUCAUCACUUGUUACUCUCGUUCAUCUUCUUCCUUUUGUUUGACUUCACAUAAUCAUGGCAGAAGCAGAAGCAGAGCCUCCAGUCUUCUCAAACGUCGAACAAGUUUUGGAUUUUCUACGAAAAAAUGGACUAAAAGAAGCGGAGUCUGCUCUCAAGGAGGAUAUGAAUGAGAAAAACGAACUGGGUUCUUUUGAUUUCGAGAAAUUCUUGUUUAUUUUGCCUCCGGUGAGGAUACCAGCAAGCAUCCGGCGAACGGAGGCCGAUAGUGGUGGUGCUGGUGGUGAUGAAGGGUCAAAAUCGAGUUCUGGGUCUGGCUCAGAUGAGGAUUUUGUUAGCUUGGGAUCAUCUACCAAUGAUCUUUGCUCUUCAGAUUUUACAAAUCCAUAUGGGAUUCGUUCUGCAUCUCAGGUUACUUCAGAAACAUCAUCGGAUAGAUUGUCUCAGUUUGGUACAGCACGUGAUUACCCUGAUAUUGAUUUGCAAAAUGACCUCUAUUGGUAUGAUGAGAGAGAUGAGGGCAACUUCAUGACUCCAUCCUUCAAUGGACCAGACUACUUUGGUGGUCCAAGUGAGGAUAAAUUUGUCAUGACAUCAGAGACAGUGAACCAAUUUGGAAGUCCACCGAGUUUAUAUAAUAAAAGCGAAAGAUAUGAAACAAAAUCAACCAAUGAUUUCUUGGAUAAGCCUUGUCUUUUUAAUCUGACAUCUGUGAAUGAUCAGAAUGUAGCUCAAUCAAUGGAUUAUUAUCAUUUUGAAAAAGGGAACCAUCCUGAAGGAGACAUUGAAAUGAAUGGUGGUUCAAUUACUCUUUGCAAAUGCUAUGCAGGAGCAGGGGGAAAUUAUUGUAAAAAUCAUAUUGAUCAAAUCGACUUGAGUUCCAAAGAAGCUGAAUUAAGUGAUUUUCAGCUAGAAAUUGGAGAUAUUCUCACUGAUUGUGAUGUAGCUCCUGGACAUGGGAAAAACAUGAAUGUUUACUACUCUUCAGAAGCACACUCAAAGAGUGACUGGUUUGAAAGCUAUAAAAGCUCCACUGGAUUCAUAUCAAAUGGAUUUGAUGACUAUGAAACUGGAAAUGGUAAAGAAGGAAAUGGAGAAGCUGAUGAGCUUAAAGCUGAAGCAGAUGAAGAAGGUGAAGUUAGUACAGAUGAGCUUCUGUUGUUCGAUACUCAGGAAGAUGAAUAUGAAGUGUUCGAUCUGCGAAUCAUACAUAGGAAAAACAGGACAGGAUUCGAGGAAAAUAAGGAUCUGCCUAUCGUGCUUAAUACCGUAAUUGCAGGCAGAUAUUAUGUCACAGAAUACCUAGGUUCAGCUGCUUUCAGUAAGGUUGUUCAAGCACAUGAUCUUCACACAGGGAUAGAUGUUUGCCUGAAGAUUAUUAAAAAUGAUAAAGAUUUCUUCGACCAGAGUUUAGAUGAAAUUAAACUUCUGAAGCUUGUGAACAAGCAUGAUCCAGCUGAUGAACACCACAUUCUGCGGCUCUAUGAUUACUUCUAUCACCAGGAGCAUCUCUUCAUUGUUUGUGAACUCUUACGAGCGAACUUGUAUGAAUUUCAGAAAUUUAAUCAAGAAUCUGGUGGUGAACCAUAUUUCACACUGAGCAGGCUGCAGGUUAUAACCCGUCAAUGUUUGGAGGCACUGGCAUACUUGCAUCACUUGGGUAUUAUUCAUUGCGAUCUCAAGCCUGAGAAUAUCCUGAUAAAGAGUUACAGGAGAUGCGAGAUAAAGGUUAUUGAUCUUGGAAGCAGUUGCUUUCAGUCAGACAACUUGUGCCUAUAUGUACAAUCUCGUUCCUAUAGAGCCCCUGAAGUAAUUUUGGGGCUUCCAUACAACCAAAAGAUUGAUUUGUGGUCUCUUGGUUGCAUUUUGGCCGAGUUAUGUUCUGGGGAAGUGCUGUUUCCAAAUGAUGCCGUCGUAAUGAUCCUUGCACGCAUGAUUGGGAUGUUGGGCCCUAUUGAUUUGGAGAUGUUGGUGAGGGGGCAAGAGACACACAAGUACUUUACAAAAGAAUACGAUCUCUAUUAUGUAAAUGAGGACACAAACCAAAUUGACUACAUAAUCCCAGAGGAGUCAUCACUGGAGCAUCAUCUUCAAACUUACGACGAUGGAUUCAUCGACUUUGUUAGAACCUUGCUCGAGGUCAAUCCUUUAAGGCGUCCAACUGCACGAGAGGCACUAGAGCAUCCGUGGCUUUCAUACUCAUACAAAGCAAACUCUUGAUGAAUUUCUGGAGGCUUUACUACUAUUGAUGAUACAUUGAUGUUUUUUUUCAGAACUCGUCUCGUGAGCCAACGAAAACAAACCCUCAUUGAGAUCAAUACCAGAGCAGAGAUUUGUGGUAUCAGUUUUGGUUUGAAUAAGAAAACCAACACUAAUUCAUUUGUGUACAUAAGGUUGUCCUGCAUAUUUUUUUGUUCUCAUUGUGUCUUCACUUGGUGGGGGUUACUAUGUGGCUUCAUCACCUUAUUGAUUGGUAAAAUAGAGGCAAAAUAAUAAGAUGAUCAGUGAUUUGGAUUCA